AUGCCCGAAAGUGGGGAUCAUGUGAGAUUUGAGCUUGGAAUGUCAUUUGCCUCAAAAAGUCUUAUUAGAGAGGCAAUGAAGUCAUUUGCAAUGGAAAAGAUAAAAAACCUACAUAUCACGAAAAACGAUAGGAAACGAGUUGUUGUUAGGUGUGAUAAGGACUGUCCCUUUUACAUGAGAUUUAGUAAAAGGGUAGCGAACGAAUACUGGCAGUUGGUGAGCAUGACUGAUGAUCACACUUGUCAUAGGACUGCUAAGAAUAGGCAAGCUACAACAGAAUGGUUGGCUAAGAAAUUUAUACCACUCUUGAGACAUACACCUGAAAUGAGGCCAAAGGGGUUGGUUGCAGAGUCACUUGAAAAGUGGAGUGUGAAGUUGUCAUCGGCACAAGCAUAUAGGGCCAAAACAAGAGCAUUGGAACUAAUACAUGGUGCUGAGACUGAGCAAUAUGCAUAUUUGAGAAAUUAUGCCGAGGAGCUCAGAAGGUCUAAUCCUAAUACCACUGUCAUAAUCAAGUGUGGUAUGUCUGAUGUUGGACCUGUUUUUGAGAGGAUAUACAUAUGUCUGGAGGCCUGUAAAGCAGCAUUCGCAUAUACCUGCAGGCCUUUGAUUGGUCUUGAUGCAUGUUUUUUGAAGGGUGAGUACGGUGGUCAGCUAAUGGCGGCAGUGGGAAUGGACGGGAACAAUCAGAUUUAUCCAAUUGCUUAUGCUGUGGUGGAAGCCGAGAAAAGAGACUCAUGGAAGUGGUUUCUGGAUCUUUUAUUAGCAGAUCUGAACAAGAUUUUUCCAAGGUCUUAUGGUUUUAUUUCAGACCAACAAAAGGGCUUGGUGCCAGCUAUUGCUGAGUUGGGGCAGAAUGUAGAACACAGGCUGUGUGUUAAGCACUUGUACGGAAACUGGAAGAAGAGGUACCCUGGCACACGUAUGAAAGAGUUACUAUGGCAAGCAGCUAGGGCAACCGUAGUUCCAGAUUGGGAAAGAGCCAUGAAAAAAAUUGAACUUAUCGAUCCAGCUGCUUGUAAAGACAUGAAGGACAUUCCGGCUGCCAUGUGGAGUAGGUCUGCAUUCCGCACUUACAGUCAUUGUGAUUUGCAGGUAAAUAACAUGUGUGAGGCGUUCAACAUGGCUAUAUUGGAGUAUAGAGACAAGCCCAUCAUCACUUUACUCGAAGGUAUAAAGCAUUACAUUACAAUAAGGAUAGUGAAGCAGAAAAAUCUCAUUACUCGAUUCAGAGGCAAUAUUUGUCCUAGGGUGGAACAAACUAUUGAAAGAUUGAAGAAACAAGUCUAA